AUUUGGUUGGAAUCCACUUUUUCAUCGGUCUAGACGCGUGGCCACUGUUGUGAAGCCUGGUCCAGUAGUAGUUUUAAUUCUCCCUUUUAAUAAAAAAACACACAGAAAAACACAUCACUGUCGGAACAAGCAACAUGACAGGGUGUUAGCAUGCGUUCUGCUGUUACAGACAAUCACAAGCUUUUAGUGCAGAUGCUAGUUUUAGUGCCAAUAAAUAAUUUACUUGCGAGAUUAUUUUUGUCCUCUGCAGUGCAGGAAGGUUUGCUCCGCUGAUAGGGCUUUUUAGUGCGCCGUGUGACCGAGGAGGAGGGAGCAUGAAGCCACAUUAACUCCACCAACAACUACUUCUGAGGCAGCCCAGAAACUCUGCUCUGCUUGACAUCGGGCCGCCAUAAAAUACUCUCCACGAUCCACCAUCCCGGAGCUCCAUCAUGAGCAGCGUGGUCCAGAACCCCUACAUCGGCCGGACGCCAGCCUCUCGGAUACCCAAACCCGGCGGGGGUGGAGGGGUGCCGCCUGGAAACCGAGACAGCGGUGGGACCCAUCGGAGCAACAGCAUCAGUAGUGGCAGCGGGGUGUCCGGAGGCAAGAUACUGUCCUUCUCCUCCAUGAGUGAAAGCAUGAACAGCGGCCUGAGCUGCUACCUGACCGAGCAGGCCCAGGAGCACGAGGAGAGGCAGCAGCGCAGUCGCCAGCUGGCGGAGUUUCAGCAUCUGAAGCAGGUCCGUGCAGCGGCUCAGCUCAAAACCCUGGAGGACUUCCUCAGGAUGAACCACGUUUCACUCAGGGACAGCAUGGCUUAUGCCACGGGAAUGAUUUACAGAAAUCUGGGGAAGUCUGGAUUGAGGGUGUCCUGUCUUGGAUUAGGCACCUGGGUGACCUUUGGAGGACAGAUCACGGAUGAGGUGGCAGAGGAGCUGAUGACCGUGGCUUAUGACAACGGAAUAAAUUUGUUCGACACAGCUGAAGUGUACAGCGGCGGAAAGGCUGAAGUCGUCAUGGGAAGCAUCAUAAAGAAGAAAGGAUGGAGGCGUUCAAGUUUAGUCAUCACCACCAAGAUCUUCUGGGGCGGAAAAGCUGAAAUGGAAAGAGGAUUAUCUAGAAAACAUAUAAUUGAAGGUCUAAAAGCAUCACUAGAGAGACUACAGCUGGAGUACAUAGACGUGAUCUUUGCAAAUCGGCCAGAUCCUACCACGCCUAUGGAAGAGACGGUGAGAGCGAUGACGUAUGUCAUCAACCAGGGGAUGGCCAUGUACUGGGGCACGUCACGUUGGAACUCCAUGGAGAUCAUGGAGGCGUACUCUGUGGCACGACAGUUCAACCAGAUCCCACCUAUCUGUGAACAGGCAGAGUACCACAUGUUCCAGAGGGAGAAGGUUGAAGUGCAGCUCCCUGAUCUCUUCCAUAAAAUAGGUAUCGGAGCGAUGACGUGGUCUCCACUGGCCUGUGGGAUCAUCUCAGGGAAAUACAACCACGGGAUCCCCCCGUACUCACGCGCUUCUCUCAAGGGUUACCAGUGGAUGAAGGAUAAAAUCCUGAGUGAGGAGGGACAUCGUCAGCAGAUGAAACUGAAAGAGCUGCAGGUGGUCGCUGAGCGACUCGGCUGCACUCUGCCCCAGCUGGCAAUCGCGUGGUGCCUGAGGAACGAAGGGGUGAACUCGGUUCUGCUGGGAACGUCCAGAACGGACCAGCUGAUGGAGAACAUCAAAGCAAUACAGGUUCUUCCGAAGUUGUCACUGUCCGUUGUGUCCGAGGUGGAUUGCAUCUUGGGAAAUAAGCCCUAUAACAAAAAGGACUUCAGAUCCUAGAAGCACCGGUGAUGAAGUGUCACAUCACGCACGGACGGUUUCUACGAAACGGAGAAUGAUCCGUUUCCAGGAGACAUGGAAAGUCUGCUUUCUUGACCACGUUUACACUUAAUCACCACUUAAUGCAAUAAUAACUGUAACAACUGGAACAAUUAACUACAUCAAAGCCACUAAAGCACCAAAGAAACCACCUAACCCGACCUCCAUCAAGUUGCACCUUAACUCAGGCUCCUUCAGUGUCUACAGAUUGUUGCCUCAGCAUUUCUCAGACACAAAACAGUCGGCCUGGAAACCUACCGAGCAUGAAACAUCACAACAGCGUGAUGCAUUAGUCAUUUCAGUGUAGUGACAACAUGCAUGCUAAACAGUGUUGGUGUUUUGGUAUGUUCCUUAAAUCAUUUACUGUACUCACAGUUCAACCAGUGGAUUAUUGUUUAUUUUCUUAAGUUGUACUUAAUAAAACCAUUAUUACAUUUG